AAGGUUGCAGGAUCUUCAGUGACGACCAGUAGACUUACAUACUCACCUGCGUCCCCGAGUCGAGAUGGAUGGCCUAUAACCUUCGCGUGUUUUGGUCAACAUCACUGAGUCGACGGUGAGCUCUUUCCGUAUGUUUAAGUGAUAUUUAUUUCGUAUGAUGAGUUCGAGGGUAAGUAUUCAGCCAAAAAGCUAAUGACGCAUAGGACUAACAGGGAAUGUCUUGAUUACCGAGAGUGUUCUGGAGAUAUUGAACUGUCUUUCCCGAAUAUGGAUGGGCUCGGUUAAUACAACAAGAAGUUGGUCUUUGCGUGUCCACUGCUGUCUUUUUAAUACAUGAACAGAAUGCGACUAUAAGUUGGCAUAAGUAAGGCGGUUGUUGAAGUAUGGGCCGAAUGGUAACUUCCUUUUCGGAGAACAAUAGAUGGUGUGACGGUGAGAAUUCCCAAGGGCUUCUCCCAUAUCACACCCAAUAUGCUUCCUCGCCACCUCUUGCCAAUUACAUCACAAUCUCCCUACUUGCUACACCCUCCUGCAUAGUCAAUCUGACUGCUUUUAUCUCUACCACACCAACAAGUUUUCUAUCCAAGCUAACCAGAAUGAGUUCCCUCCGCAGAGUCGCACGAACCGUGUCGUCAAAAUUCAAAAGUUUGGCCGACAGCUUUUCGAGCCUCUCUCUAGCCGACCAAAAUAUCAUCGACGCCACACCAGAGCCAUCGAAGGCCAAAACCCGGAAGGCCAAAGUCCACCCACCGUCUCAAUCACGACGGCCCGCCGAUGUGGCGCGAGAGAGCAGAGACAGGCUCUCUACUCAAGAGGCCUACACGCCUGCGCCACAAGUGGCACCCGCAACAGAACAUUCCCCUGCUACCGGUGAACCUCAACAUGGGUCACUAAAACAAAUCAAUGACUUACACCCAAGGGUGCCUCCACCCUCACGGUACGCAAUGGCGGCACUCGGAACGACAUUGGAGAGGCGUUCGAAUGGACCCCUGCCAUAUGUCCCUCCGGUGUUCACGCCACAUUGUCGACCGAAACCCAUUGAUGACUUCUCAGAUGUCGCUGCUGCACUUGACGCGGUGGAACUUUGCCCGACGGCGCCAUUGAGGGCAUCUGGCAAGACACCCCGGACGCGACGGAAGACUCGCAAGUCGUCGUCUCCCUAUGCAAGACCAGAAUCUCGCAAAGAAGAGUCAGAGUCACUUUCCAAGGCGAUAGGAAGGCUCACAAUCACUAUUCCGCCUCUACACCGUGGAUCACAACAACCGCCACAACUUGGCACGCCCAGUGACAACACGCGACGGAAGACCAGGUCGUCGACGAAGAAGGCUACUCGGCGUUCGAAGGAAAAUAUGACGCCAACAGAGAUUGAACCUACUCCCUCUGUCCGGCAACAACCAGAAACAAACAAUGACUUUGCCUCUUCGAUACGCGCAGUUCGCCAGACAUCAGGCACGAAUAUUAUCUCAACUACGGCAGCUCACGUAGAAGAAUCCAAGGUUCCUUUCUCAUCCCAGGAGUUUAUGGAUCAGGCUGUGGAGACUGUCACACCAUUUUCUGAGCAUCCUCCGCGGCGAUUGAGUACGCCUCAGACCAUCCCUCCUACCCUCACCGUCAAUAAAUCCGAAGGCAAUGGCUAUGAGGCCGACUCGGAGUGUGGAGGCUCUACCCAAUCGUCCUCACCCGUCGUCCAACUAUCCCGACCCACCGUCACCGUCACCGUCGCCUCACCGCGCCACAUCCUUCCGUCCCCCACGAGGAGAACAUGGCGGACCCAUUACUUGUCGAAACAGAAGGGGGCUCUGAUGGGCAUCUCCCGGCACCGUCGCCGUCUUUUUACUACGAACCAACCACUGGCAGAGCAUCCCCCGGGUAAUUAUACGAGGGGUAGACUCACGAAGACGAUGGCCUUGAUACGACGAUGCAGAUUCAAGGAGCCCAACCCCUCAGUUCGAAGCCGGCUUCGUAGGUCUGGAAACUUGUUCAUAUAUAACCUUAUGGCUACCAUGCCCAACCGCCUGCUGAAUCCGAAAGAGAAGAGCUCACUCCAGGGUGCUAUGUCUGUGCAACCCUCAACUCCAUCUUGUGCCAUCGGUGUCGACCGCCUCGAUUCAGACAUUGACAUGGACACUGCUAGUGAAGUGUCUGGAGUGCAACAGUUCUACGGACACCCUGCUCCACCCCUUCAGCAGACCUUUUCCGAUGUAUCGAUGCAUUCCUCUUCCAACGACUUCGUAGGAGUCCCGUCGUUUCCAGCCUCAGAGGGAGGUGAUUUCUAUUGGAUGCGCGACGAAGAUGUAGCUAUGGAAGGUGAUGCUGUAGUGACUUCCAAUGGCUGGGCUGCUACAGCACCGAAUAGCCCAAUUGUUGCCGCACAAAGGAGCGGUCCUGAGGACAUUCCGUCUGACAUCACACAGGCUCUUUCCUCCACGCAGGUCGCUUCUGAGGCUGUCAAGCCGUCACCCUCGAGAACGAUCCCAUCGCCAUUGUCGGAAACAAAGGACGCAGAGGACAAUGAGUCGAUAAUACCUAGUAUUCGACGGCCACAGCACUUGCAUCGAUCAAGUUCGGCGGACAACACUUCGAAAAAUGCCUCGCCGUCGACGCCGGAAUCGCCUUCGGAGCCACGCCCAUCGUCGCCUCUUCGUAUCUCUUCCAUACAACUACCAAGGCUUCUGCCUUCGGCACCAUCGAGUUCGGGAGGCUCCUUGGCGGGUGUCGCAACAGGAGCUCUUCCGGAAGCUUCUGUUGUGUCAUCUACACCCAGGGAGUCUCCUGCUGAUUGCAAGGUGACGCCGCAGCCUAGUGCAUCCGAAGUUCGACGUUGGACUGCGUGGGUGAAUAGUAUGUCGUUGAACAGUCGUGCUCGUUUGACCUGGAAUGGUCAAACACUUCAGCCAAAGCCGUCUAAUGGCAUUGCUGCUCAAAGAAGUAUGAACACUGAGACGACUUCAAAGGGGGUUCAGAAUCCUCGUCGAUCGACAACAGAUCACGAUGGAGCAUCUGGAGGGGAGUCGGAAUCAUCCCUGGACUAAUCUUACUGUUAUCUCUGCAAACUUGUAUACUAUCUUUGUGUUAUCGUGUUUUCCAUUUGCUUUCUCAGUCGCAUACUCGUCUUGCUUUUAUCUUUGUAUACCCUACUCCCUGAUAUUCUGUUCAUCUAGUGUACUUUAGAGCACAGUGUAUCAAUUCCAAUAAGUGACAGUCCUUUU